UCAGGAUGAGGGUGGAUAUCUGCUGCUGCCUCUUUGUCCUUGCUCUGGGCUGUAAUCUCACUGCAGGAAUCAAACAUAAAAUAAUCAGAGACAAGGAGUCCUUCACUCUGCGCUGUCCCCUCUCUGUGGAGGGUAAGGUGACGUGGAGCAGAGAGAGUCAUGGAAGCAAAGCUGCCGUACUCACGACCGACGGCGACGUGGACGUACGACACAGCGAGGACACGCGAUUCGGGUCGUUGCCUGAUAAGUCGCUGGUCAUCCUGAAGCCGACUCUCUCAGACUCUGGGAGAUACCUGUGCAAUAACGAACCAGCGGUGCAGCUGACAGUGAUCUCUCCAGGAGGGCGAGAGACGUCUACGAUGACUGCAGCAGAACGAGACGUGGCAGAUGUCCGAGUCGUGACCAUGAUGAGAGUGAAUAUCUGCUGCUGCCUCUUUGCCUUUUUUCUGGGCUGUAACAUCACAGCAGGAAUCAAACAUGAUAUCAUCAGAAACAAGGAGUCCGUCACCCUGCGCUGUCCUCACCCUGUGGAGGGUGAGGUGACGUGGAGCAGAGAGAACAAAGGAAGGAUAGUUGACAUACUCACCGCUGACGGUAACAGCGAGAGAAGACUCAUCAAUGACACACGAUUCAUGUCAUCAGCUGAUAAGUGGCUGAUCAUCCUGAGGCCUGCUGCGUCAGACUCUGGGAGAUACCUGUGUAAUAACAAACCAGCGGUGCAGCUGACGGUGAUCUCUCCAGGACAAUCAGCUUCUACACCCUUUCCAGCAAACGCAACAUCAGCACCACCCACAAACUCAGACCAGCAGCUGCUUCUUGGGUUGAUUUAUGGAACAGCCGCUUCAUUCAUCUGCAUCAUCAUCAUCAUCAUCAUCGUUGCAUCUGUUUUUUACCCAGCGAGGAGCGGGUCCAACAAACAAGGAAGUGAAAGAAAAGAGCACGUCUAUCAUUACAUAAUAGAUGACGUCAGGUUAAAGGCUGAAAAUGCUCCGUCACAGAUCAUUAGAACCACUGGAUAAAGCAUCUGCAAAUAGCAGCCACUGCACGGCUCACCUGAGAGAUACCUGUAAAAGCAAUUUUUAAAGCUGCUGUAAAAACAUAAAAUAGAUAUU